AAAAAUUUAAUACAAGUUAUGGAUGUGUUUGAAAAGAUAGGUUAAGGUUAGAAGUGUCAGAACCAGUGUUUACUUUGUGAAAUUAUUCAUUGCAAAAAUGCCGUGUUGGUAUUAUGAAAAGAAGGAAAUUCGAAAUUCUCCUUCAGCCGCGGACGGUAUCGAUUUCGAAACGGAAAGUCGAUACCGUCGUGAAGGCGCUCGUUUCAUAAUUGAUACCGGUACAAAGAUGGAUCUAGGUUACAAUACGAUGGCAACUGGUGUUGUUUAUUUUCAUCGAUUUUAUAUGUUUCACUCGUUUCGAACAUUUCCGCGUUACGUUACAGCCUGUUGUUGUUUAUUCUUAGCUGGCAAAGUUGAAGAAACUCCUAAAAAGUGUAAAGAUAUUAUAAAAACAGCCAGAAGUUUAUUAACCGACGCAAAAUUUGCAACAUUUGGUGAAGAUCCCAAAGAAGAAGUGAUGACUUUAGAACGUAUUUUAUUACAAACUAUUAAAUUUGAUUUACAAGUUGAACAUCCUUACAGUUAUUUAUUGAGAUACGCAAAGUGCUUAAAAGGGGACAAACAAAAACUACAGAAAAUGGUACAAAUGGCGUGGACUUUUGUAAAUGAUAGUCUGUGUACAACGUUAGCGUUACAAUGGGAACCUGAGGUGAUUGCAGUAGCAUUAAUGUAUUUAGCUGGUAAACUUUCUAAAUUUGAAGUUGUUGAUUGGGUCGGUAGAACUUCAAGGCAUUUACGAUGGUGGGACAUGUUUGUCGAAGAUAUUACAAUGGAUUUGUUGGAAGAUAUUUGUCAUCAAGUUUUAGAUUUAUAUUCAACGACAAGUACAAAUCCGGCACCUGACAGUCCUCCUUUACCUCCAAGAGCACCAACUCCGCCUGCAAAUAAUUCACCGUUAAAACCUGUUGGACCAACGAAAACAAGUAAAAAUGGUCAUGAAAUUACACCAGAUAAAAUACCAAUGGUAGUAGAACCGCCAUCUGCAAUUCCUACAGUGCCUCCAAUGAUCACACCGCCAGCUAAGCCAAUAAAAGUGUUAGCACCUGAAAUGCCACGAUUUCAAUAUACAUAUACGGCUCCACCACCGAUGGCUUCAUAUCCUCCAACAUUUACCACGCCAAUACAAACAGUAGUUCCUCCUCAUUUACCGCCAAAUGCACAUUUAGCUGGACCACCACCAGUACAACCGCACAUGAAUCAAGCGCCCCCACCACCUCAUAUGAGUCAACCGCCACCAACAUCAGCGCCACCAGGUGUUUACGCGUCAUUUGUUGGUGCACCAGGACAUUAUCCAGCAGUUGUUGGAGCGUCAUAUUUUACACCUGCGCCUGUUCGACCAUAUUAUCCGCCACCAACAUGACAAGAACCCACCCGGCCUAUACAGAAUGCCGGCACAAUUCAAAGUCCUGAUACGUUACAAGAUGUGUAAUGAUUAAAAAUUUGUAUAAAUUUCUUUUUUAAGAAGGC